AUGGGAGACGUGGCGACCGUGUACGUAUCGGGGCUGCCCCGGCUGCGGGCGGGCCGGUCGACAGCAACGCUCAAGCGGGACCUGUACCUGUGUCUGUCCGAGUACGGCGAGGUUCUGCAACUGCAAGUGCGAGUACCGACGAGGGAUUCCCCCCAUGUGUUCGCGACGAUGCGUACUGCAGAACAAGCACACACCGUGUGCCACUUGCUCUCGGGGGAGCCCUUCAGAGGUGGGACGCUCCAGUUGGAACUGGCCCACGAGACCACCAAGAGCAUCAAUUGA